AACAACACUGGCCAGGGCCAAAGUUGUGGAGGACUGGUCCAGAGAUGGAGGGGUGCUGCUGAUGGGUUAUGAGAUGUACCGCCUGCUGUCCAUGAAGAAGAGCUUUGUGAUGGGCAAGAAGAGGAAAUCAAAGAAGCCCGCAGGACCAAUCAUCAUCGACCUGGAUGAAGAAGACAGACAGCAGGAACUCAUGAAAGGUAUUGAAAGGGCCAUAGCGCGGCCCGGCCCAGACGUGGUGAUAUGUGACGAGGGUCAUCGCAUUAAAAACUACCAUGCCAGCACGUCCCAGGCUCUGAAGAACAUCCGCUCCCGCCGCCGAGUAGUCCUGACCGGUUACCCGUUACAGAACAACCUGAUUGAAUACUGGUGCAUGGUGGACUUUGUAAGGCCUGACUUUUUGGGCACGAGGCAGGAGUUCAGCAACAUGUUUGAGCGGCCCAUUCUGAACGGCCAGUGCGUGGACAGCACACCUCAAGAUGUCCGUUUGAUGCGCUACCGCAGCCACGUGCUGCACAGCUUGCUGGAGGGGUUUGUCCAGAGACGAGGUCAUGAUGUGCUGCGGGACCAUCUUCCCUCCAAGGAGGAGCACGUGAUCUUGGUCCGGCUUUCUCCCGUUCAGAGGGCGCUGUAUACCGAGUUCAUGAAGCGCUUUAGAGAGGCGGGGAACAGUGGCUGGCUCGGUCUAAAUCCACUCAAAGCCUUCUGUGUGUGCUGCAAGAUCUGGAAUCACCCAGAUGUCCUCUAUGAAGCCCUGCAGAAGGAGAAUCAGGCCAACGAGCAGGACCUGGACCUCGAUGACAUCACUGCAGCGAGUAACCCCCGCUGCCCUGCACCGGGUGCCGGCCUCAAAGCCAAAGUAGCGGACUCCAGCAACAGCAAACUCAACAACACCCUUCCAACUCUCAACCCCUCGCAGGAUCGAGCCAAUCAAGUCAUCACGUAUGAAUGG